AUGUCCAACCGCGCCGAAAGAGCCGCUGAAGACGAGUACGAGGCCGACUACGACAACUACAACCCCAUCGAAGAGGAGGACGAGAUCGCCCCUACCGCCUACGUCUACGAGCCCGGUGACCGGGGAUUCACAAUGGGAGUGCCCGUCCAGCGAGACGAAGCGCGCCAUGCCGAUCCGAUGCAGCCUCCGUUUUCGAAUACCGAUGCGCAGCUAGCCCGUGGUGAAAAGGAGGCUGCUGACCAGUCUAAUAUAAUGGGCGGCAAGGGAAGACAGCUUCGUCAUGGGAAGCCGCAGGCUGAGUCUUGA